AUGGACGCAAUAAAUUCUCUACAAGGGCGUAACAUUUAUGAUGGUUGUUGUCGAUUAGCCAUACAAAUUUCUAAGGAUCUUGGCCAAGAAAUCUUGGGAUCGGGGCCAAGGGAUGAUCGUCGGAUAUAUUCCAAGAACAUUUCUGUUGCUUCCCCAGCCUCUGUUGAGAAUCCUUCAAACUUUGCAAGAAACAAAGGAAGACGACCACCUGGGUCAAAGGCAAGUGCGGAGAAUACUGAUGUUGAUGCAAUAGCUCAGCCACCUGUUUCUACAUCUGCACAAAAAAAUCAUUCAGGAAGCAGUGAGACCCAUGAUGAAGCGAUCAAAGAGAAUGUUACUGAGAAGCAACCUAAAGAUGUUGAUGAUGGUGAUGGACCUACAAAUGUGACAAGUGAGGCAGAAAUUUCUCAGAGCAAGAAGGUGAAAGGCAGUUCGAGUAUAACAUCAAAACAAUCCAAAUCGCAAGCACAAUCUAAAAGUGGCAAGGAUUCAGGCAGCAAAGAUGUUUCAAGACCUAGAGGUGGACCACGAAACAGAGCUUCCAAUCUUGGAAAAUUAUCCUUCGAUGAUACUUCUAAUAAUUCAAAGAAAUCAAGAGAGGACAGGGAAAUACCAAGGUUGGGAGCUAAAGAAUCAAGCAAGGGAAAGCCAAAAUUCAAGAAACCACCAUGGCCAAUCUCAAGCAAGAAGAAGAAGUCUAAGAAGAUGAAGUUGUAUACUUUGAACGGAUCGCCGGAGGCUCAGGUUUUUUUAGCGGUGCCUCUUGAGGGGAUUUUAAGGGCCGAGCUCAAGGAAAAAGUUGGUGGUCUUGUAGCAUACGCUGAUGCUAGCUCAAAUCCUCCUGUUGAAUCACCUCAGGUUCCUGCCAUAAAGAAGCCAAGUGUUAUAUGUGGAACAAAUUUGGAUGGCAAUGGAGAAUUUCAGGUUGAGGAUGACUACUUGGUGAAGGUUCUGGAAUCAGAACAACAAGCUGAGCUUUCAGGGGAUGAAUUUGCUCAAGAAGUAAUGAUCUUGAGAGAAGUUCAACAUAGGAACGUGGUUCGAGUUAUUGGUGCAUGUGCAAAACCUCCAAAUUUUUGCAUAGUUACAGAGUACAUGCCUGGAGGAAGUCUUUAUAGUUUUCUUCACAAGCAGGAUAACAUGCUGGAACUUUCUCUAUUGCUGAAGUUUGCACUUGAUGUAUGA